UGCUGGCCAUCAUGACUGCCUGUCGGAUUCUCUUGGUGGCAUUUCUGUUCUGCCACGCAGCGUCAGUGACUACAGCUGUGCCCGCAGAUAUUUAUAACAACUGGGAAGACUACCAGGCGACGCUGAAGAAAGAGGCUAUCCACCUGAAGGCCAAAUACGAGAAAUGCGAAAAGGCAUUGAUGGAAGCAACCAAUAAGAUCGCAGGAAUGGGAACCUAUGAGGUUCAACUCGCCUGGACAUCUGAGGAAGAAACCGAACAGACCAGAGAACCCACCCCCCAAUCCACCAGUCCAGGUGCCUGCGUUGACGAUUAUUUGGCGGAAAAACUCUUGGAGGCCAUAUCGAGUGUACAACGGAGUGUCAACGGGUUGAGGAGCCUAUCUAACUUCCGCGCAGUUAACCUGGCCCAUGACAAAUACGCCAAGCAGGUCAAUACAAAGUACGAGGCUAAGGCCAAACGCUCGGUGGACGGCGACUCGAACACCAAUUUUUUCUCCGGAUCCUGUUCGUACACCCAUCCCACGGACGACGCCUGGUGGUAUGUGGACUUAGAGGAACCGUACGCCGUCGGAGAGGUGAAGGUCUACAACAACGAUCGUUGGCCGGAACGAAUCAACCCUUUCAACAUCAUUAUCGGUAACAGCAGUGACGUAGACCAGAUGUCCCAGUGCGGCGGGACUUACGGCGCCGACUACGAGGACACGCUGCUGUUCCAGGUGGACUGUGGCGGGAUGUACGGCCGGUAUGUGGGGGUCCGCCUGCCGGGAUCAGAACGCUCACUCAUGAUGUGUGAGGUCAGGGUGUAUGAAUAUACUGGACACAGUUCAGCUAACCUCGGCAGAGUUACACAGCAGAUAUUCCCUACAGUUAUGCGCGAUUUGACCAAGGGAAAGGCGAAGGGCAAAGCCCGCAGCAGGAGUAGGAGCAGAGAUCCGGCCGGGGCGGGCGCCCAGGACACCGCCAACGACAACAUGUGCUGCUCGCCUAAGGGAUGUCGUCAUGAGAACAGCAAGGAAGUGACAGACAUGGCGUCUGCGGUGAAAGUUAUUUGCUCUAUCAAGACGUGUAAGGAAGGUGUCUUCAUGCACGAAGACUGCUUCUUUGCCUGGGAGGAUGACAUCAUCAAGAGCCUUCAGAGUCACUACCGGCAAAAGGGGCGGCUGCAGAGCUGUUCGGUGCAGCAGCUGCAGAGGGACCUGUGGACCAAGCGGGUUCACGACGUGACGUACAAGAUCUGUGUGUGCAGGUGUGGAGGUUACCUGAAGAAGGAUCUAGAGUGGGACGCUGAAAAGGAUGCAGAGAAACCACGAAACAAUGCUGAUGAAACAACAGACAAAAAGAAGAAAAAGAAGAAAGGAGACAAGCCAGGUAUCCUCGGGACCAAGAAGGCAUGUCGCAUGGCCAUGGACAUUCCCUCAAAGAGAUCUAGGAAGGCUCUCAAGAAAAAGGGCUUUGCGACACAGGAGCCAAAGGUUCGGGUCAUCCCCAAUCCUUCCCAGGGUGCAAUAGGAGGUCAUGAGUCCAGGGAACCACGUGCCAGGAGCAUUUCUGUGGAAAGAGGUAAAAGCUUCAGACCUGAGAGGGGCCAAUCAGAAACAACAGGUGUGGCAGAUGCAGAGCUACGACAUGGCAACAAGAAAGAAUCACCUGACGACACGCCCUUCUCAGGUUUCCAUGACGAUAGCGACGACAUUCCGAUUUCCCUCGCACUCGACGCCACCUACUGGUGGGUCAACUUCGGGUGGCGAACGUACCUCGACUUCGCCUUGUACACGAACGAGCAGUUAACUGCGGACUCUCGCACCCAGAGUCUUGUGACGUGCAAGUCUGUGAAUGAUGUAGAGAGAGCGUUAGGGUGUCGCGAUCUCAGAGAUGUGUCGGAAAGGCUGGGAGAGUGGUGGCAGGAGGUGGGCUGGGAUGAGUUCAAGAGUUUCAUGGAGCAUCAGUGAGAAAAAAAGGACAUCUGCAUUUUGUUUCAUAACUAUGUGUAAAAAGACUGUAAAAAAGUGUAAUAAUACAGGGAAAAACUGAGCAACACAGCUGCAUUUGUUUUAGACAGUUAAUUAGUGUCAUUUAUGUGUCAAAAUGAUAUAAAAAGAAACACUUGAAUAAGGGCGUUAAAUAUCUACCAGAUUCUUUGGACGUGUGGCUGCUAUCAUACAUUUAUUUAUAUAUAAACGUUAGCUGAAGUAUAAUUACAUAUCAUAUUUGGGCUAAGACUUUUUUCAAAAGUCCAUUACAUAAAAAGCUAUUAUAUCAUUUUGUGUUACAUGUAUUAUAUCAAUUGAUAGAUAAAAGGCCCAAAUGUUUUCCCAUGUAAAUGACAGACUUCUUUGCUGCACUUUGUUAAUUUCAUUGUAUAUUUGUUGUGAAAGAAAUUAAGCAGAAGAAAAAAUAGUUUUGUGUAAUAGUUUGUGAAAAUUGGU